AUUUCCAUUAAUGGCUUCCCGAGUACACCUCCUCCUCUCUCUAAUUCUCUUCUCCCUCUUCUCUCUCUCCUCUCCGCUCUCCUCUGAGACCAUCUUCGAUGCCGUCAAGAUCCUUGCCGACUCCGGCUACGUCUCCAUGUCCCUAACUCUUGAGGCCAUCUCCAAAAGUACUCUCCUCACGAACUCUACCUCUCUCACCAUCUUCGCUCCCUCCGACCCCGCCUUCAUUCACUCCGGCCAGCCAUCUCUCUCCCUCCUCCAAUACCACUUCUCUCCUCUCCUUUCGCCCCUCCAAACUCUCAGAUCGCUUCCCAAUGCAGCCAAGAUCCCGACAUUGUUUGUGGGUCACUCGCUCACUGUCACCACGUCCCCUACUGAUGAUGGAAUUUCGUUAAACAACAUCAAGAUUACCCGGUCUCCCAUAUUUAAUCAGGGGUUCUUGGUUAUCUUCGGAGUCGACGAGUUCUUUCACCCGGAUUUUGAGGUUUCGGUGCCGGUAAAAAGCCCAGAGCCCAAUCUUGGAUGUGGGUUCCCAACGGCAAAUGAUACAACCAGUUUUUCAGGGACUAGUUCGUUUGGCAAAGUGAGUGGGCUCUUGGGGUGCAGUGGGUACUCUGUAAUGUCUGAGUUUCUUAAUGGUUUCUGCUUUUUCUGGCUAAGUGAUAUCUUGAUGGCUUCUUGAGUAUGGAAUUUCCUCAGUGCGGGAUCGAUGUUUGAUUACAAUUCUGUUCCCUUGCUCUGUUUAAGUGAUGUCAUUUGCUCUAACAAGUUAAACCCUUUGAAUGAGUUGAAACUCGGUAUCUGGCACUGUGAGAGGUACUUCUGAUUUGAUGGUUACUUUCUGUGCUUGUUCAGAAUUGCCUUCUUAAUUUGUUCUGUUCUUUCUUGUUAAACGAAAGAACUUUUAUUGAUGACGAGAUUGAGACGAUAAAGAAGGAAAGUUAAGGACUUGUUAUCAUCAAGAUUCAAGAUUUGCUAUAAUUAUACUGUUCAACUUGGAGAAGCAUUCAAAGACAGGCAUUUAUACUCGAAUUGUUGAAGUUUCGAAACCAGAAUUAGCAUUUCAGGCUGAUCUGCAACGCUAGCUUGUGGGGCUGCAUGCACUCUACAUCUUGCUACUAUUGACUUGUGCUUUAUAAAGAAAUCAUGGGAUGUAUUUGUAGACAUGCAAGCUCUACAUUUAAAGCAGUAUAAUUGUAGAUAUCUUUGAAGCUGUGAUACCAGAUAUAAUAUAACCUUCAGUUUU